UCCAAAACAAGAAAAAGAAGGAAUCUGAGACCACAUAUCCAUGUUUCAUCGCUAAUUCUCGGGAAACCAGCGGACUCCUCAAGAUUGCCAAAUCAUUGGAAAACAAUGGAGUAUGUGGCAUUCCUACAGAUACUGUCUAUGCCUUGGCUGCUUCAUGCAAGAACCCCAGUGCAAUUGAGAAGAUCUACUCUAUCAAAGACCGUCCUGCAGAGAAGCCAGUGUGCAUCUGUAUCUCAAGUGUGGAGCAGCUUGUGGCCGCCAAACCUCCUUUCAGCCCUCUGCUCUGGGAGUUCAUGAGAAAUGUCUACCCCGGAGGCAUUAGUUGCAUUGUCCCAAAGUGCGAAUGGCUCCUCAAACUUGGUGUGGGUCCUGCAUAUGACCGUGUGGGGACCAGAGAUAGCAUUAUGAUUAGAGUACCUGACCACACCACUACUGCUCACCUGUGUGAAUUCACCGGCCCAUUGGCCAUUACAUCAGCCAAUCCCAGUGGAGAAGCUGACAGUACCCACCAUGAUAUGGUCAUCAACCGUCUUGGUCACAAGAUUGAUGGAGUCCUGUGUGAUGGUGAAUCUAAUGAGUUGGUGGCAUCAACUGUAGUGAACUGCCUCAAAAUUGAUGAAGGAACUAUCAGCAUUCUUCGUGAAGGUUGUGUGCCUGCACUGAAAGUGAGGCAGAUUUUUGAACGAGUAAAAAGCAACAUGUUGUAGAAUUACUACCAACAUCAGCAUUGACAGCACUUUUACUUGCUUUGUUCAAUUUGAAGGAUGUUUCAAUUUGUAUAUGAAGAUAGAACUUAAACUUUACAUGUAUAUAAAGCAAUUUUGAUAUCACUUCACUACAUUAUUAGCUAUUGUGAGUAUCACCCUGAAAACAUGUUAAAGUGAGCAUUGUUGAAGCCCGUAUUAAGUAAGCAUUAGCUACAUAAACCUGUUACAGAUGUGUAAAUGUAUUAUAUGUUUGCCAAUGCUUGUGAAGUUUGAAAAGUGUUCUAAUACUGAACUGUAAUUUUUUAUUAAUUUAUUGCUAUUUAUGUACUCUUUCAGUGGAUCAUGCCUUUGUUGAUCAAGAGUAAAUAUACUAAACAGAAGCACUUAGAAAUCAAUGAGCAAUUCAACCAGAGUGAAAAUGUAUUUAAAUAUUAUCUCUGCAAAGUAUGCUUGUAUUUGUAUUGUGAACUGAGAAACUGUAUGCAUGAGAUUUCUUUUUUCAAAUGUGCUUUAUAACUGUCUAAUAAAAUACUGACAUGAA